AUGCUUACAGCACAUCAGCGUUAUAUGAUGGAUCCCAUCAGAGAUCCGAACAUCUAUCAACGCCCGCCCAAUGGUGCGGCCCCUCGACAAUAUGCCAUUCCCGCGCACUCGAGUGAUCCCGGACAUGGGCGUCAACGUUCAACAGGACUCAGCUAUGCGGAACAUGAGAUGAUGAGACACCGGAAGACACCUAAUGGCGGAAGACUGUACGAGCCGGAUGCAGCUGCAUUGGACAAGAACGUGCAAAUACCAGCGACAAAGCAUGUCAUCCUCGGUUCCUCACCAGCCUUUCAGCAAUCCACUCCUUCCUUUUCCAGCUCAUCGUCAUGGCCGGAAGCGAAGCGUUCUCAGCGACCAGAGGGGUUCAGUGGAACAGACUUAGGAAGAGAGGGAAGACAUGAAAUGCAUUCUCAGCCUUACGGACCCUCUAAACCAUUGCCCUUUCGCCCAGCUUGGGAUUUUCCUGGCGGACUUGAUUCAAUGCUCAACCAGACUCCGCCAUUACAGCCGACGCAGAGGUAUUAUGUCCAACCUGGCUCGAAUAUCCCCACCGUUCUUCCCGCUACCCUUCAGUCCCAAUUUGGGCCCACUGCGUCUGCCGGGCAGGAGUUGUAUGGGCCAUAUUGGCCGGAUGGAACAUACAAUCCCUAUCGUCCAGCCGCCAUUCGAGACAGUCGUUUCUUUCCCCGCGCUCCGGCCGAGAGGUUUCCUUUAGACCAUCACUUCGAACACUUUCAUCAGCUUCGAAAACCUGGCCGACUGCCAGUUGCACCGAACGAUGCUUACCUGCAAAAUAUGGCUCAACAGGUGUUGGGCACACCGAUGGGGUUGAUUGACUCGCCUUCGUCGAAGUGGAAUCUUCAUCAGAAUGCAUAUCAGGCCUCACAGUACCCCUACGCUCAUCCUUAUUCGCUCCGUGACCGCCCAAUGGCAGACACGGUGGCCACUGUGACCAGACCAACAUUGGCAUCUCUCAUGCCUGGACCCCGUUCGGAGCGCAUCGCUUUCAGGGAUAAGACCUUCGCUUGGGCGAACAAAAUCUAUAUGGAUCUGCUUCAGACGAUCAGAUGUACUAACAAGGAUCAGCGUUCAGGCGCACAUGGUGCCUCGGGGAUGAGGUCUUUGAAGCCUGCUAUUUUCCCAAGACCGCCCAUUAGAACCGGAUCGCACUUCCAAGUUGAUUCAACAGACAAACCACCAUCGCAGCGGCAGGAACCUUCUAAUACUUUUUACCGCUCUGGCACCGAACAGUCAACAUACGAUAUCCCAUCCCGACCACAGACAGCAAUCUUCAGACCGCAGCAAGCAUUAACUGCGCAAGACUUUCAAUCUUUUUCGAGUCACGUCGAGUCUAGGAAUCUAAUUGGUCAACAGUACGGAUUGAGAGAUCGACCACAAGGGAUAGUGCAAGUCAGCACCAGGGCCAACAAUGUACCACAGGUCCCCUCUUAUGAGUCGGCAAUUACUGCACUCCAAACUAUGGAAUUGUUGUGUCAAGAAGCUGAUACUCCCUGGGUGGACGGCAUGCUAUUGGCGGGUUGUCUGGCUUACGGCUUGGGCAACUACGUCAAAGCUGAGGAAUGGUACAGAGCGGUUUUGAGACAAGAUCCAAGCCAUAUCGAAGCUAUGUCUAAUCUAGCAGCAACUUGCCACGCCCUCCAUCGCCGUGAAGAUGCCCUCAAAUAUUGGUCAGAUGCUGUCAGCUUACGACCCAGCUACUUUGAGGCGGUGGAGCAUCUUAUCGGAUUGCUGUGUGCAAGCCACAGAGCAAGAGAGGCUGUCAGUGUGAUCGAAUAUGUUGAGAACACGCUCCGAAUUCGGGGCGAUGAUCCUCAUAACUCUUGGGCCGAAUUGAGUGAUGCGGAGAGCGACACCAAAAGCCAUGCUUCGAGCAUUAAUACAGUCGCCUCGUACGAUAAUGCGCAGUAUGACUACGACCUGGAUUAUAGUCAGAACAUCUCGGCGGGGUCCGAACCUCAGCCUCCCGGCUAUGCUACGAGCGGUUACGCAAUUCCUGGGGCAGACAACGGCCGGAUGCUGGCUCUUGUACAUGCCAAGGGGAAUAUGUUAUAUGCCCUUGGCCAAAAUCAUGCUGCGGCUGCGGCAUUCGAGGACGCCGUUCUUAUCUCCACGGGCCGGAGGAAACAGGGGAUCAGGGGUCUGAUUGAUGAUAUCUUGACAGCUUGUCUGCGCACCAUCCGCGAUCGCGAAUAUGUCCGAGCAAAGCUCGAGAGCAAUGAACCCAUCUUGCUGACACCCGAACACGCCGAAGCCACUGCCAGGCACAUGUUUCCGCCAGAAGGCAACUUACCUGGCCUAGAACAUGUCUCGACCCCUUUUGCGGUACAGGCAGGAAUCUCCACCACGAGUAAUUCCCUACUUUCCCUCGCCAAAAUCUAUCAGGAUGGCAUGUCCAAUGCGACGGAAAUUGGAAGUCUCAAAUCACCGACGACAAGGGAGAUUCUAGCAUUGUACUACCUGUCCUUGUCUUUGCAGCGGAGUCCCUCGACAGCGAACAAUGUGGGGAUCCUCCUCGCCGGUGUCCAGCAGAGCGUGCAUCCUGACCAUCUGGCCGAUUCGAACUUUUCCCAGAUUUCCAAUAUACCAGGGGUUGUCGCUGGCACCGGAGUGUCAUUGGCAUUGAUGUACUAUAACUACGGCCUCAAUAUCGACCAGAAGCACGCUCAUUUGUUCACGAACUUGGGUAGCCUAUUGAAAGAUAUCGGGCAACUUGGCGCUGCCAUCAAGAUGUACGAGCGGGCAGUGGCCUGCGAUGGCAGCUUCGACAUUGCGCUGGCCAAUUUGGCGAACGCCGUUAAAGAUCAAGGCCGUGUGGCUGAUGCCAUUGCCUAUUACAGACGAGCAGUUGUAGCCAACCCCGAUUUCGCUGAAGCGGUUUGUGGACUGGCAACGGCAUUGAAUUCGGUAUGCAGCUGGGAUGGCCGCGGUGGCAUCUGUGCCAAGGACCCCAUGCGAGACAGUCUGCAUGUAGACGAGAGAGGUAUGAAACAAGAACCGACCCGGCCACACGGAUGGAUCAACCGAGUGGUGGAGAUAGUCAAGAAACAACUCAAGGAUGGGGAAACUUGGGGGUGUGGAACAUUGACCCCAGCUGUCAUCGACUCCCUGGCGGUCCAAUUGACCUUGCACAAGCAUUCCUCCCAGGACAGCGGGCGAAAUCAGACAUUGGAAACUGUGCGACAAGCACUACGAUACUGGUCCGGACAGAGAUGGGAAGGAUCUCGAAUUGUUCGCCUUGUAGAACGCGCAAUCCGCCAGAUUGGGUGGCAAUGGUAUCAGGAUCGCUACAAACGUCGAAAGGAGUAUCCGUCUCGAAAGUACGCGCGACCAUAUCUUCCCAACUCGCUGUCGUCGCCCUCAGCGCCAACAGUACUUCCUUUCCACACAUUUACAGCGCCGCUCUCUGCCAAGCAAGUCCGACAGAUCUCGCAGAGAAAUGCCCUCCGCAUCUCUGUCUGCACUCUUCGAUCUGCGUGGCUUCCGGCUACCGUGUUUCCUCCGCCGUCGCCUCCGAGUCCCUGUUUGAAUGUGGGCUAUGUCAGCUCAGACUUCAACAAUCACCCUCUGGCACAUUUGAUGCAAUCCGUCUUCGGCCUGCACGAUUCAUCGCGAGUGAGGGCUAUAUGCUACGCGACAACAGCCUCUGAUGGUUCUGUCCACCGCCAGCAGAUAGAACGUGAAGCUCCGAUCUUCCACGACGCGUCAUCCUGGAGUGUGGAACGACUGGUCAAUCAAAUUGUGAAAGAUAACGUCCACAUCUUGGUCAAUCUCAAUGGGUACACUCGAGGCGCACGAAAUGAAGUUUUUGCCGCUCGGCCUGCGCCUAUCCACAUGUCUUUCAUGGGCUUCGCUGGCACGCUGGGAGCUGAAUGGUGCGACUACGUAUUUGCCGACACGAUUUCCGUGCCUCCCGACACACUCUCGCCAUGGCGGCGCAAUGUGGACAUUGAAGAUCGACUACGGGCAGACUCGUUGGUGGAGGACGUCGAGGAUUGGGUGUACUCAGAAAACGUCAUUUUCGCUCGUGACACGUUCUUUUGCGUGGACCACAAGCAAAGUGCGCCCGAUGCAGAGAAGGGCCCUCCAAAUCUCAAAGACCCCGCCAACCGUGAAGCGGUUUGGGAACGCGAACAAGACAACCGCUGGAGACUGAGGAAGGAGUUGUUCCCAACCUUGUCCGAUUCGGCCGUCAUUUUGGGCAACUUUAAUCAGCUGUACAAGAUUGAUCCAGCCACGUUCGACAUGUACCUCCAGAUUUUGAAGGCGGUCCCCCACGCAAUAUUGUGGCUGCUGCGCUUCCCGGAUUUAGGGGAGCAGAAUCUCAAACGCUACGCGGAGAAAUGGGCCGGCAAGCAAGUAGCUGACCGCAUCGUGUUUACCGACGUUGCUGCCAAAGGCACGCACAUUACACGCGCAUCUGUCGUCGACCUCUUCCUCGACACCCCGGAAUGCAACGCACAUACCACGGCUGCCGACACUGUCUGGUCCGGCACGCCCAUAGUCACAUGGGGCAAAUGGAAAUAUAAGAUGUGCAGUCGCAUGGCAGGCAGCAUUGUAGCAAGCGCAUUGCCGGAAGGUCGCGAAGGCGAUGAAGCAAGGAGAGAUCUGCUUGUCAGGAGUGAAAAACAAUACAUCGACACCGCAAUUCAUCUCGCGCAAGACCUCAAAUACCCUUCAUCCGAGUCUAAUGGACAGAAGAUCGGCCGUGGCAGAGGCAGAUUGGUGGAUUUGCGGCGCAUGUUGUGGGAAGGGCGUUGGACGAGUCGGCUCUUUGAUACGAAGCGCUGGGUGAGGGAUUUGGAAGCGGCAUACUGGUCUGCUUGGAGGAAAUGGGAGAAAGGCGAAGGUGGUGACAUAUGGUUAUGA